AUGGAGGACGGCCGCGACCGCGGAGCGCGUAGUCGCCGCCCGCCCAGGCCCUUAACUGGUGCAUUUAGUGGCAAGCAAGUCGGACGUGGAGCGGAAGGUCCACCGAAUGGGGCUGCUGCUGAGGCGGCGACCGUGGUUCCUCCUAGUGACCCACAUCCCGACGGCGAGCGGAUGGACUCUGUUCACGCCUCGGACGGCACCAUUCUUGAUUCGGUGAGGGAUGUAGGGAUGGAUCCUGGUGUAGCCGAUGUGUCCAUGUCAUCUCUACAGAGCGAGCCUCCCUUGCAGCAGGUAGGGGACGGUGGUACCGUUUUUGCGCCGGACAACGAGGAUGAUGAUACCCCAACUGCCCCAAGAUCGCCGCCACGUAUUUUUCAAGAUGCGCGGCCAAUGAUGCCAAGCCCGUCCGCUUGGACGGGUAACACAGUCGAUGAGUUGAGAAAAGCUGCGGGCUCUCAACCCUCGCCGUAUGUCAACGAUGUUAACCUUCGUCUUUACGAGUGCGCGCGAAAGCGGUGCCGUCUUCGAAAGGACGGGUUUCAGCGCAGGAUGACGCCAAUUGAGGUGGAAACUCUUGAGGCUUGGCUUGGAGGCCAUCUACAGCUUGCUGGAGCGCCUCUAUUCCUCAGGGAGACUCAUGUGGCGGCCGAGCGAGAGACUUUUGCUGUCCACCAGCGCUCUCGCCUUGUGCACAAGCUUUAUGCUCGCCUUCCGGUCGGCCUUUUCCUUCCUGAUCUAGGCGCGCGGGGAAAAUUAUUUAGCCUGAUGCUUGCAGCUGCUGUGACUAUAGCGGCAAAAACUCGUGUCAACUCGCUCAUCAUGGAGCUUUCGCGCGUUGAGUGUUCACGCCUGUCACCUAUUGUGGCUUUCGUCUUAAACGAUCGCCCUACGCGAGAUUCAUGGGCGAAGGCGGACCUUCGGGUGGGUAAUUGUCGGCUCCAACUUCUCGUAGCUGAUGACCCAGCUACGGUGGACGACAAGAUUGGCUAUACGGGCAUUACGACUUCAAUGCUCUAUCAGGUGCAUGUGCUCGGCAAGAGCUCGGCAUUUCCGAGCGAGAUCCGAUCAUGGGUCGCAGCCGCGACGUCGACACCCGUGCUCACUGUCAAGUCGCGGGAGGCCGAUGGUGCCCAUUUCUUCGGCGCGCAUCGCUGGGUCGUCACUUUUGAUUCCAUGGAAUGCCCUAAAGAACUGGACCGGAAGCACAGGAUUUUAGUGACGACCGUCGAUAAGAGUAUCGAGGCGGUACUCAUGCACCCGCGGAAGAGUACCCGCGAGCCGUGCCAGCGGUGUAUCAGCGUUCGACAUUUCCGUAAGGACUGUGCGGCUGUGGAUCCCGAUAGUACAUGUGCAAGCUAUACUCUAUCUGCAACGGCCUCGGUAACAUCCCAUACGUCAUUGACUCACGCGGAUGGAUGGAUCAAGGCAACUGAAAUUCUACGUCAAAAGGUGGCGCCUGGGCUUGGCGACAAACUUCGCCGAGCUUCCAUGAUGGAGGGGGCACCUAAGCGGCAAAAAACAGUCAUUCACAAGAGAGAAGUGGCAGCGCGAGUGGAGGCUAAGGCUGAGGUGACAGCAGAACUACUUGCUAUUCGUCGUUCAAAGCUGAAAGCGGCUACGAAUCAUUUCGCGACGGUUAAGAAGGCUGCUGCUAUGGCUGCGGCUGCUCGUGCGGCAGCGGUUCAACAGUUUGAAGGCUCGUGUCCCGUCGCAAGGUCUGCGAGUCGUGGGGUGGCAGCUGACUCGCUGCCGACGUCGGUGCCUCAACCGGUAUCGGGUCAGCACGUAAGCUUAAAAAGUUGUGAAGUGGCCCCUGCUGCAGUACCAGCUGCUCCUGGAGCAUCCUCUGAAGGAGCGACGUCCACGGUUGUCAAUGAAAAUGAUAGCGAUGCACGCGAUAUGGCCACUGCUGAUUUACCCGCUCUUUUUGUGGUUGGCGAGCACGCUGUGUCGACGGUAUUCGAGGUACCACCUUCGACAGCGGUUGAUGGGCAAGAUCGGACGGAGGUGGUCCAUCACCGUCGUCGCUUGCCGCCACUAUGGAUAUCGAUGAGCUUGAGGCAUCGGUGCCUCCCUCUACCGCCUCUCCGAAUGUCUGCAGGACACGUUGUUGCACAGAUGGCCCCGACACGACUGCGAUCAAUUCUCACAUGGCCUCCCCUCUCCCUCCUGGUUUGGAAGCAGUGCUUGCAGCGCAGGACACUGAUUCAAUUUUACCCAUAG